CCCCGGCAGCCAAUCAGCGGCCGCAGCGCCACGUGACCGCGGCCCGUGCCCGCCAAGAUGGCGCUGUCCAGGGCCGCCGCCCGCGGGGGGCUCUGGCGCCUCGGCCCCGCCGCCCUCGGCCCCCCCCGGGGCCGCACGGAGCCACUGCUCGCCCUGGGGGCGCUCAGGUGCCGGGUGUGCAGGUCCCAGCUGUGUCCCCUCUCGUCCCGGGCCACCUCCCGGGCCCUCGUGGCCGCCGUGGUCGCCGUGGCCCGCAGGGUCAACGCCAGGUACGAGCGGUACCUGGAGAGGAGCUUCCCCAGGUUCUACCUCCUGUACAGCACCUUCACCUCAGCGCUGUGCCCCACAGGGAUCCAGGCGCUGUUCCUGGAGGUGAAGGAGAUCAGCAGGAUCAGGGCCAGGAUGUCCCAGCAGCGCCUCGAGGUGCAGCAGCUCCCGUACCGGGACAUGGAGAGGCUGCGCCAGUUCCGCAGGGACGCGCUCAAGGCCAUUCCCAUCGGGAUCAUCGCCAUCCCCCCCUUCGCCAACUUCCUGGUCAUCGUCCUCAUGUAUUUCUUCCCACGGCAGCUCCUGAUCCGCUAUUUCUGGACGCCGCAGCAGCAGCGGGAGUUCCUGGCAGUGGACGAUUCCAUCCGCAGGGCCUCGUACCCGGCCGUGCUGCAGGGCCUGGCGAGGGCCGCGCGUUCCCUGCCCGAGCCCCGGCCCCGGCAGCUGCUGCAGCAGCUCUGCUCCCAGGUGCAGGGAGGUGCCCGGCCCCACCUGGCCCAGCUCUUGGCCGUCAGGAGUUCCUUCUCGGGGUCUGCGCUGGUGCUGAGCGGGCUGCAGGUGGAUCACGUGAGGGCCCUGAGCCGGGUGCUGUUCCUGACCCCCCACUUACCGGCCGUUCUCCUGCGGCAUCGCCUGCUGAGCCACGUCCUGGAGAUCCGGCACCUGGACCGGGCCCUGCUGCGCUUGGGGCUGGGGCAGCUCUCUGAGGAGGAGCUGCGAGCGGCCUGUUACCUGCGUGGGCUCAACUCCACCCACCUGGGCCGGGCUGAGUGUGGGGCGUGGCUGGAGCAGUGGCUGCAGCUCUCCUGUGAGCUCCAAGCGUCCGAAGCGUCUCUGCUGGCCCACAGCAUGGUCCUGCUGUCCCUCAACUACCGCCGGCCCUCCGAGUGACGGCCUGGUGUCCCUGCCCUCGGCCUCGCGCCC